UCGACACAUGGCGGUGCUGGCCUCGUACCUGAGCUGGCAGGGCGGCCGGCCAGCCGAGCCGGGCCCGCCGCCGCCGCCCGCCGCCGUCCUACUAGAGGUGCAGGCACACGACUGCCCCCAGCUGCUCAAGCAGGAGUUCGGGCCGCUCUUCGCCGAGCGCGACAUCACGGCCGGCCGGCUGACUGUGCUGGUGGUCAGCCAGCGCACCGACGCCGACAUGGCCGCCUGGUCCGAACAGGCCGAGGCCGAGCGCGACGAGCUGGCCGCGCAGUUCGUGACCGUCGGCGAGGACAUGGCGCUGGGCCUGCGUCGGCUGGGCUUCUGGGCAGACCUGGUGGACCCGCGCUCGGGGCGGCCCCACCUGGGCGCCCCGGCCGCCGCCGCCGUCGCCGACUACGACGACGACGACGCGGACCGGCUCGUAGAGACCGACGAGCGGCUCGGGCGGCUCGGCUUCACCAUCGAAGACCUGGGCUGCUGCAAGGUCAUCCGACAUGCCGUUUGGGGCAGCCACGUGUUCGUCGGCUGCCUGUUCACGGACGCGGCCGUGGACGACCCCCGCCUGGGUGGAGUGAUAGCUCAGUACCAGGAGGCGGCGCCGCCCUGCUAGUGGCCGGCUGGGCCGGGAGCUCCUCAUGAGUCUGC